AGCUGCGGCCCCUUGUCCAUCAAAACCUAAAUGUUUUUGCUGCAGCAUACCUUUCCUGCUGCAGCUUCCCAACAAUAACAUUGAAAGAGGGGAAGGGUCUUGACAGGAAGCUGCUGUCUUUUAGGAGAGCUGGGUCCCUGGAUGUCAGAGCUGAGGGGGCAUGCAAACCAUGUGAGUAGCAGCCCACACCAGACCCUGAGGUCUCCUAUAUGGAGCGCCUCAUUGUGUCUAUGCAGGACCCAGAUGUUGGUAUCAAAAUGAGAAACCAGCGUUUGCUAAUUACGGUCAUCCCCCACGCCAUGACCGGCAACGAUGUUGUAGAGUGGCUCAUACAGAAGCUAUCCAUCAGCGAGGAAGAGUCUCUACAUCUCGGGAACUUACUUGUCAAGUAUGGCUAUAUCUACCCACUGAAGGACCCCAGAAAUCUUGUCCUAAGAGCCGAUGAUUCUCCGUACAGAUUUCAGACGCCAUAUUUCUGGACCACAAAUAAAUGGCCUGCCACAGAGCUGGACUAUGCUAUUUAUCUGGCAAAGAAAAAUAUCAGAAAGCAAGGAGAACUGGUUGAGUAUGAGAAGGAUAAUUAUAAUCAGCUACACAAGCGAAUUAACCACACGUGGGAUUUCGUGGUGAUGCAGGCCAGGGAACAGCUCAGGGCCGCGAAGCAACGCCGUAAAGGAGACCGCAUUGUGAUUGAAUGUCAGGAACAGGCCUACUGGCUCGUCAGCAAACCAUCGGCAGGGUGCUUAAAUGUGAUGGAAUCUGGGCCAGAAAGAGGGAACUGUUACACAGGAACAAUGCAGCUGGGAAGAAAUGCAGAUUAUUACAAAAGAGAACUGGACUAUCUAAAAAAAGCCAUGGCCUGGACGAGAGUGAAAUCCUCAAUCUGCCUGGAGGGAUUCCUUAAAUUCAGUGAGCAGUAUCUGCCUCAUGACCCCAUCAUGUCCGGCUGUCUCCCCAGUAACCCAUGGAUCACAGAUGACAUCAUGUACUGGUCAACAAACGCACCAAUGGUUCUGUUGCCAACUAAAGUAAGGGUGGAGCGAUGGACCUUUAAUUUUAUGGAGCUGCUGAAUGACCAGCGAGGCAGGAAGGAGUUUUUGCAGUUCUUGGAGAAGGAAUUUAGUGCUGAAAAUCUGUGCUUCUGGGAGGCAUGUGAGGAGUUACGCUACGGGGAACAGUCAAAAGUGGCAUCGACUUUACAGUCUGUGUAUGAGCAGUUUUUGGCCCCUGGAGCAACCCGUUGGGUAAACAUUGACAGCAAGACAAUGGAGAAGACAUUAGAAGGUAUAAAGAAUCCUCAUCGUUUUGUGUUAGAUGAUGCCCAAAUGCAUAUCUACAUGUUGAUGAAAAAGGAUUCAUAUCCCAGAUAUCUGAAGUCUGAAAUGUACAAGAGCCUGCUCGGUCAAGCCUUUAUCCCACCGGAGACACGGAAGGGCGUAUUCCCGUUCAUGAGAAGACAACGCCAUUCCAGUCCGAGUCCGGCCUUCCUGUUUCCACCUGGAGAUCAAGAGCCAAAGAUGGAUGGAGACAACAAAGCUGCCUCACCAGCUGCAAUUUCACAGCUGUCCCCGUUAAGCAGUCCCUUGGCUAAGUUACCUGGAAACCUCUUGCCUGUUUGCUAUGAAGAAACGCAGUCCUGCUCCUUCUACAGCGCCUCCUCCUCUCGCCCGGAUGCCUCUCCCUCCUUCCCGUCUCCCAGCACGAAUGGCUCUGAGAGGAAUGAAAUCCCACUGGAAUGCCAAAUAUACGUUGUAGACAAAGUAGUCUCUGCCCAAGAGAACCCCAGGAGAUCACAGACGGAAGCGGACACAGAGAGCUUGGAAUCUUCCACCGUAUUUUGAUGGGAAUUGUUACAUAACUGUCCCAACUUUUGUGCUUAAUUCCCACUUAGAGGACCAGGUGCCUUCAUACAGAAACACGUGUGUGAUCUGGGGAUAAUGUAUCACAUUGCACACUGUAGAUGUCGGUGUCUUAUCUGUAUUAUUAUAUUAUCUGUGUAUGCUGCAGCUGUCGCUCGAACAAAAGAACAGAUCAGUUAAUCUAUUGGAAUAUGCUGACUUUAUAGGGAAGACCAAGAUUGGAACUUUUCAGGAUCUAAGAGGCUUCACAGACUUGCAGGACACUGGUCCUCAUUAAGGGCUGAUACAGAAAGGUGCAAAUUUCAAUGAGGUGUAACUAGUUUUUUUUUUUUUUAAAUCCAUGAGUCAUUUGCGAUGAUCUGGUUCAAUGCAUGCAACUUGUACCUCUAUUUGUGGUGUUGUGUCCUCGUCGUCUACAAGGAAGGGAUCUUUGGCAAAUUGCGACCCCUCUAAAGCAAGUCUUCCAAUGAGCUGUUGAUUAAAGGCAUAUUUCACCUUCUAAUUGUGAAUAAACCACUUGGAAGAGGAAAGAGAUUAUUCAGCAGUGAGUCAUAAAUGUUUCAUGUUUGCCAGUUGGAACUUUAGUAUUGCAUUGCCUUCCAGUGCAAUUCAUCGCUGCCCCAAGCGCUUGCAUAGCACCUGUUCAGAUUACUUUUCAAAGUGCUUCUUUAUCAAGCUAUUCUAAAACUAUUCCACAAAUAACUGUAUAGAGAAGGGUCUCGUUCUCAUAGCAACAAAUCCAUAAUGCCCAACGCUGGAAAUAUCCAACCCGGGACAUGGCUCUUGGAGAGAGGCGUGGCUGCUGCAUGUUUGGGGGUGUGUUCACAGUGCAGUGAGCAUGUUCUACACCCCCAAGGAGCGUGUUUAAUGCCCCAAAGCUCUAAGCUGCCCUCAACACCUAGGGACAAACACUGGGGUUCAGAUGUAAUCCGUAAUCUGCCGCUCUGCAGAACACUGGACCAAGUGCGGAAGUCUUGGUCUUUUUAUACACUGAACAGUGUAUGAAAUACAUUAUUAAUAAUUAACCCUUUAGAUGAUCUAUAGUAUAGGCUGUAUCAAAUAUAUUUAACUCAUGUAAAUGACAUUAGUGGUCAGGAAAAGGUUAAAUGUACCAUAACAAAUACAUAAUGAAAUAAACAUAAUAGAAGUAGGAGGAGACGGAAUUGGACUUUCUAACUAAGCACACAUUCUCCCACCUCAUGGCUAAUGAGUUUGUCUCUUCUUCUUGGUAGCUACUCUCUGGUUCAGCGCACUGAUUGAGCCAUCAGAUCUACACAUACAGCAAACUUUGUAGAAGUAGCUGCUAUACAGGGUAUGUGCAGCAGCACCACUGUGUCCCUUAAACUGCAUGUUGGAGCAGCUCUAGUAAUCUUAUUAUAUACUAUUACCAUUGUGUUUAAAAUUUGAGCCACUGUGCAAGAGAAGGCAGGAUUCCGGGCAACCAGAAACCCCCCUGCGUUUGCAUAUAACACCCGGCCUCCUAUCCUAAAAUCGCCCUUCUAUUUCCACUUCCCUGUAGUGCUAGUGGCUAUUGCACUCUAUGGUGAGUGGGUACGUACCUCUUGUGAGACAGGAUAAAUGUUCCGACACCUUCAAUCAGGACAGUUGGGCAGUGUGACCGCUCAAAUGUCUGCUUAAAUAUUUUUUAACCUCUAGAGCAGAGGUUCUCAUACGCGCUCCUCAAGGCACCCCAAUGGUCCAGGUUUUAAGUUUAUCCAUGCUUGGCCACAGGUGACUUCAUUAGCACCUUAGUCAAUUUGAUUGAACCAUGUGUGCUGAGCCAUGGAUAUACCUAGAACUUGGAUCGUUGGGAUGCCUUGAGGACCGCGUUUGAGAACCUCUGCUCUAGAGAGAGGAGAACUUGAAUCGGAUUGGCAGUAACUUGUUGAAGCUUUCAUAGAUUCCUCUGAGACUGGCCAGUAAUUUCCCCAUUUCUCAGUGCAUUUUUGUUCUUAUGGCGAUCUUUUUUUUUUUUACAGUUUUGUGCAGAAGAAUGACCUACUACCUACGUAGUUAUACUUAUUGCCAACAAAGUUGAGUGGGGUUUGUACUGGUAUUAGCCCAGGGUGAUACUUUGUGGCAUAGACGGACACUGUCCAGCGCUCAUUUCUGCCAUGUGUAAAAACUAGUGACAAAGUAGAAAAGGAGACGCAAGAACAUCACAAAUAUUCGGCUUUUGACCCUUUCUACUUUUAUUCCAGAGUGAUUAAUGGGCUUAUCUUCUGAGACGGGGUCUUCAUUUCCACCAAUCCCGUUAUUAAUCAGCCCUUGUUGUUACAGUAUAACACUGACGCUACUGGGAUUUGCCAGGUUCUGAUAUAGUUUUCUGUAUUUUCAACGGUCCGAUUGUUCUUUUUGAAGCCACUAUGUACAGUAUGGCAUGGUUUAAAAACAAAAUUGUAUCCAUUUACUUAUAUAGAUAUAUCUAAUAUAUUGC